AUGGACAUAGCCGUCCUGCCGAACAACAAUCAUCCAGAGAAAUUCCUGCAGCUGGAUGUGGGAAUGUUGCCGGCUACACAUGGAAUGUUUCAGAUAGGGGCUGCUCUGUCUCGCCAACGACAGUGGCACAACAGGAUGUACUCGCAGUAUGCACUGGGGCGGUUUGCUGCCAAGUGUGACAAGGGUGGGAUGAGAAUCAACACCUCCAAGUCCGAGGCCAUAGUGCUCUACCAGAAAAAGGUGGGCAGGGAGAGAGGAAAUGAAGGAAAGGCUUCAGGAGACAGUCAUAUGUUUGAAGACAAAGAGCUGGAGAAACACAUCACUCCUCAAACUCUAAAACCGAAGAUCAAGCAGAACCCUCUCUAUUCUCACAUCAACAUCAUUCAGACUGAAGAGAACAAGAGCAAACCCUCUUGGACCAUUCAGGACUAUGACAGACACACUUCACAUGGUCAGCUGGCAGACUAUAUGAAGGAAGACCCAAGAGAUCUGAGCUUCUGGCUGGAAGAUCUUUACACCCCUGGUUAUGACUCACUGCUCAAAAAGAAAGCAGCUGAAAUGAAGAGGAACAAAAUUUGUAAAGCAUUUGCAUUAAUCAUUCUGUUCGUUUGUGCUGUUGUGAUCAUUAUUACUGUGCCAAUAGUGGUAAAACAAUCAAGAGACUGA